UGUGGUUUACCAACACUUCAAUGUUAGGGCAGUACCGUGGCCACGCCCAAACACGUCUGUAACGUCGAAUAGCUAGCUAGCUAACAACCAGGAAAACGUUACACGCAGGGGGCAGAAGUGCACACACUACUACUACCACCACCACUAACAUGGACGCCACUGCGGAAGCCCCGACAGGAACGUUUACAUGCGAGUUGUGUGAGUUGUCCACUGAGUACACCUUCUACGGCAGGAAACCACCAAAUACCAGAGCCAUCGGGCUUUUGGAAGACUGCUAUGGCAUCCGUGAUCCUUUCACUCCAGACAGGGACAAAUUCCUUAUAUUGGGCUCCAAGUGCAGUUUGUGUAAGAAGACUGUAUGUGUUGGCACGGACUGCAGCAUCUUCUACACCAAACGCUUCUGCUUACACUGUGUGAGGGAACACUUAGAGCAGUUUCCAGAGCAGAUUCAAAUAGAACUAAAGAAGAAAAAAACAGCUCGGAAAAGUUAACAUCAAGCAGAGACGCUCAAAUAUGCUGUGGAACGAAGACAUUUUGGACAUAAUAGUCUUUUUUUUUUUUUUUAAUACAUGGCACAGUGUGAAUUUUGGCCUGUUUACUAGCCAUUCUGUCUCAUAAAUGAGGAACCUGCCGAAAAGGGGAUCCUUCUUGGGAAUUCAAGACCCUGUUUUGAUUCAUGAAUCCUAACUUCAGAAAUUGUAACUGAGUUGUCCUGGAUUCCCAUUGAGGAUGCCUCAGGAAAUUACCGUAUGCUUGAGCAACAUCCAGAACACACCGGAACUUCACAUGCCACUCCUGUGUAUGUUUUGAUGAACAAUGAACAAAUGAAAUGAAGAAUGGACUAUGUUGUCACUGCAGGAAACAAGGAAUUAUAAGCACUGACUAUAAGAAUAUACAGCGGAGGAUGCUUUGAAAUGAAUCCAUUACUAAGAGACUGUUAUCAAGCAACCUGUAUAUUGCAUAGUAAUAAAAGUUGAUAUAAAAAAUU